AUGGAUUGGACUGAACAGAUUCCAGCAUUAUUCCUGCUCAUCCUUACGAUCAUAUUCAUUUUGAAAUGGGGCAGUUUCUGGAACAGGAGCUCCAAAAAUCUCCCACCAGGUCCUACACCUUUACCACUUGUUGGGAAUCUCCACAUGAUGGAUCUGAAGAGACCUUACAGAACAAUGUUAAAGGUAACGUUUUCUGUUCUUUUUGCAGCAAGGCAAAGAUUCUGUGGAUCUUUUUAGGCCAGGUAGAUGUCAGUGUUCCAUCUCAUAUAUGCAGAUAUGCCAAAAUGAUAAAACUCUGUCAAGUAUGGCUUAUUCCUUUUUCUCUUCCUUUUUGUGUGUGACUGCUGUUAUGGUUUAGGCUGAUAGCUGAUCUGUGCAGUGGAGGGACUGCGUCACUGGAGGAGGGGAAUAGGAAUGCCACAACCAGCCUUAUGUGCAAAAAUUAGCUGCAAAAUUAUUAAACUUUUCAAUGUGAAGUCAGCACUUCUAAAUACGCUCUUAGAAUCCAGUCAAGUUUUCACAAUCAUCUAACGUGAAACAAAACAAAGCAUUUAUAUUGCGGAAUGUGGGCUUUUAAGUGUGCCUAUGUAUGAAAUUUUUUAAUGUCUAAAAUUAUGUUCUUAUUGAGAAUGUUCGUCUCUUCGCAACACCCACAGUUCCCAGGAUUCUUUGCGCAGGUGAAAAAAUUUGCAUUAGAUUAAAUCUAGAUUAAGUCUAGAUUAAGUCGGCGUUUCCGUGUGCUGCGCUGUUGCUGGCUCGUCACAGCAGCUUCGUCACACUGGCCACGUGACCCAGAAGUGUCUUCGGACAGCGCUGGCUCCCGGCCUCUUAAGCAAGAUGAGCGCGCAACCCUAGAGUCGGACAUGACUGGCCCGUACGGGCAGGGGUACCUUUAGCUUUACCUUAGAUAAAGUCUCCAGUGUAAUUUUAGCUAAAGGCAAUAUUGGAAAGCACUGGCACUCCCCGGGGGAAACAGAGGAGCCUACAAUUCUAUGAUUCUAACUUUCCAUUUGUUAAGGAAGGAAAAUUCACAUCAGUUUUCAGCUUUAAUUGCUUUCGGUUUCCGCCAAAUAAAAUAAAGGACCUGCAGAAUUUGCCAUCCAACUGCACUUUCUUCUUAAUAAUUUGAGGUUGCUCCUCGUCCUAAAGGCACCCACGUGUUGGGCAGUGCUUAGACAUUUAAAGUUGACAAAUUAUACCAUACAACCAUGUAAAUGAAAUCAGUUUUCAUUUCAGAUCUGUGACAAUAUGUAUGUAUGUAUGUUUAGGGGAUUUAUUUGAUGUUUCUCUCUUUUGGUCAUUGAACUCCAGUUGUCAAAAGAACAUGGCCCCAUCUUCCGCACCCAAAUGGGAUUCCAGAAAAUGGUGGUGCUGACAGGGUAUGAGACAGUCAAGGAGGCUCUGGUGAAUCAGGCAGAUGCAUUUGCAGAGAGACCCGCCAUCCCAAUUUUUGAGGAGUAUACAAGGGGCUUUGGUGAGGCCUUUCCUUCUGUAUAA